CCCCUUACUUGAAGAACCCUUUUUUUCCCUCUUCUCUUGACGUAGCACCUACUUGCAAGCUAACAGAAAUAUUCAAUAAAAUGAUUGGUAAAGUGGCCCACUAUGGUGCUGAUUUGAUUUUGGUUUCCGCGUUUUUAGCCGGAGUAAGAAGAAAUACCAACUUGACCUUGAACACUGACUCUAUUCAAAAUGAUGACAUUAGGUAUUAUACUGAAAAGUACCUCAGUGUAGGGGAAAGUGUGUUUGACUACAGCUCAGCAUACUUUGGAUCCUCUGAAUGGUUCCACAGAAAGUAAUCCUGCUCAUGGGUAUAUAUAUAUGUAUGUAUCACCCUUAAAGCAGUGCCGCUCAACUUGUAUUUAUUGGUCUCCUCACUUUAUAUUCUUAGUUUAUGACUACUAUUUGGUUUAAUGUAUAGUUUAAUUUUUUUUAAUUUAU